GUUUAACCCGGAGCGCACUUUUGUUGACGGAACUGAAUGUGACAGAUUGUAAACAGAAUCAAGGAUGAUUCAGGUUGAGCCCUGGGGAAGGACGUCCUGGUGCCAUAUUGCAUUUAUUACUCACUGAAUUACUGCCUUACAGACAGCAAUGAUUUAACUGAGUUGCUGCUUUAAAUGAGGGGCAACACCUGUUCCAUGUUUGCACUCGGGUUCUGCCAGACUCACCUUGCCCAUUGCUGAUACUGAUAACUGGCACAUUAGUCAGUCUUCAUUAGAUGUUCCAACUGUGGUGCUUUGAGGCAUAUCAAUCCUGCCUUUCCUACAUUCGCGUACAUCAGAAACCUGUCCCUCUGCCUCCUUUGUGACAGCAAGAUCGUGGAGGUGAUGGAAGGUCUGGAGGUGGAGGACAUUAGCCCAGCCCUCGAGGCCACUGAGGACUACCUGCACUGCCUUGAUGACAACCAAGGAGAUGGCCAGGUACGCCCACAGAAGCUUAAAGAGGCAUCCACCUUGGAAAAGCUGAACUCCAGUGGGGUUUGGGGGCUUCUAACAGGAAAGCAAUCGGAGAUAUCACCCGGCAAUAUGGCCUGGGCAGAGCAGACUUCCUUUAGUGUACUGGGACUUAGAAAUGGAAAAAGGAACCGGGCACGAUCCACCAACGAUUUGGCAGCUCAUGCCAAAGAGACAAACUCCACAACUACCACAUCCAGCGGCGCCUUCAAACGUGGCCACAACCGCUCACGUUCAGACAUCAACAACCGCAGUUACACAGAUAAUGGGAUGCAAGCCAUUGACAAGAACACAUUCAAGAACAUGGCACUAAAUGAGCAGAGGGAUGCUCAUAAGGAGAGCAGCUCUAGCCUGGUGAAGCAGGGAUUGUUGGAGCAGAGAGAGGGUCCGUGGGGACGUUGGAGCACCUGUCAUGUUGAGCUUACACCCUGUGAGCUACGUCUCUACAGCCUGGACAGCAGCGGCAACCAGCAGCUAUGUGCUGCCCUCUCACUGUCUCACUGCCAAGGAGUGAGCGCACCCCAGCCACAGGAUGGACGCGUUCUGCAGGCAGUUUUCUUUAACAGCACCCGUGUGCAGUUACGUGCAUCAUGCCUGUGGGAGGCACUGGAGUGGCGGAGACUCCUCUGGGAACACGUCUUGGCCGUCCGUCCAGCCCAUCGCAAAUGGGAGCCGGCUCGUGCCACCUCCCCUACCCCCCAUGAGCCCGAUCCUGAUUCAGCCUCGAUGCCAACCCCUCGACCGCUGGUACGUCCCACAGCCCUACCUCUGUUCACCCAACACUGUGCCGAUGUGCUAAAGGCUGGCCUUCUGCACCAACUCACCGACCUCAACAACUGGAGAGCCUUCACGUUUGUGCUGAGCCGCACCGAGCUGCAGGCCUUUCCGACUGAGGGAAGGGGCCCUGUAUCGGAGCCCGUGCUGCGGUACCGGCUGGCCUCCUGUCUGGCUGUGCAGCGGGAUGAGGAAAACGGUGGCCUAAAGGCUUGCUUCCAAGUGGUCUUUCCUGAUUAUGUGCUGCGCUUGCGGGCAGAGAGCGAGCCCAAAGCCCGGAAAUGGGUGGAGGCCUUGCAAACCGCUGUUACUGUUCAGAGACCGCAGUUGGAUAGUAAUCAGUCCGGCCCAACCGGAGUACUGAUGAGGAGUAAGCCAGCCAGGGAGCGACGACACAGGGAGGCGCAAAGAGCUAAACGGCAAUCCGUCACCACUAGCUUUCUCAGCAUCCUUACCUGCCUGGCUGUAGAGAAGGGUCUCACUGCACAGAGCUUCCGAUGUGCUGGAUGUCAGAGGCCAGUGGGUCUGUCACGGGGCAAGGCCAAAGUUUGUUCUUACAGUGGCUGGUACUACUGUCCUAGCUGUCAUCAGGACAGCCUCUUCCUCAUACCUGCUCGUCUACUGCAUAACUGGGACACUAACAAACACAAGGUGUCGAAACAAGCUAAGGAGUUUUUGGAGUUUGUUUACGAGGAGCCCUUGUUAGACGUCCAGCAGUUGAACCCGUGUCUGUAUGAGCAUUGUGAGGCGCUGGCGGCGGUUCUCAAGUUGAGACAGCAGCUCCAGUCUCUCCGAGCUUACCUCUUCAACUGCCGUGCCACAGUGGCAGAAGACCUCCGUCGCAGAAUCUUUCCAAGGGAAUACCUCUUACAGCAUGUACACCUCUACUCAUUGGCAGACCUGCAGCAGGUCAUAGAUGGAAAGCUUGCUCCCUUCCUCUCCAAGGUAAUCAAGUUUGCCAGCACUCAUGUCUACAGCUGCAGUCUGUGCCGAGAGAAGGGCUUCAUCUGCGAGCUGUGCCACAAUGGCCAGGUCAUUUAUCCAUUCCAGGAGAAUGCCACUAAAAGGUGCGAGGGCUGCGGAGCCGUCUUCCACGCCGAGUGCCGGAUGCGAGCCCAGCCAUGCCCACGAUGUGUGCGCAGAGAACUGCAUAAGAAGCCAGCGUCAUUCUGGAGAAGGCACUGCCCUCACGACAGCACUGAUGACGAGGUGCUGGGCUGCUACGAGCUGGACACCUGAGACUGUUUAUGAAGAGCCGUGCAGCCCUCCAAAGAGCCAAGCUGCACGAGAGAGCCCACUGCAUAAUAACGUCCAAGUGCUGCUGCAUCCCAGAUCGACAAGCUUCUUUGGUCCCCGGUGGAAGUGCUCUGUUUGUUGAAAACAGAGAAACAGAGGAGUUUUUGUUUAUUACUUUAUCCCACACCUGAGAGAGAUGGGCACUGAGACAAUAAUUCAGCUCCCGAAGAGCAGAGGCUUCAUAAUGAAACCAAUUUACCCUUCCCUUUCAUCUACAAAAUGACAGCCAGGGCCAACCGACAAAUGCAGGCAAAGAACGGUCACACACUCGCACAUAAACACACUCUCACUGACAGACGUAAAAUAAUGCACUCUCUGGCAGACUCACAAUCCAAGAGCGAUGAUUCAAGCCCAUUUCUGGACACAAAUAGAGCUUCUAAUCCAUUAAUGGUUCAGCCAAAAUGAACACUACAAGAUGGCGGUCUGGCUGCUCCAUUUGGAUUCCCUCUGUGCUGUUGUUAACCUACGAUUCCUUGGUGCAUGAAGACUAAAAAACAUCCUUAGCUUAUGUACCUGAGCUCAGUACAUCUGCUACCUUACACAAACCACAAGUUCUCUUUCAUGUGAUCUCAUCAUUGCACUUUUCAAUUUCUGAAGGAAAGACAAGCCACUUAUGUGAAGGUCAGCUGGUCAUUACUGGGGAUUUCAGUGUCUGUAUAUGUUGCCAUGUAUGUUUUUGACUGAUCUCCUGACACUUCAGCUUUGCAGACAGCACUGAUGGCUCAAAUGGGAAUGUAGUGUGAAGUAAGAUUGGUGUUUUGUCCCAUCCAGCUGGAGUUAAACAGUUGCACGAGUGUUUAUCAAUAUUCAAUGGCACUGCCUUUAAGCAGCCGAACGCGGUGUUCAUGCUAACCGCUUGGGCUAUGAUUACAAACUAUCCUCUGCCACCAAGCCCCAAAAUUACAGUCCUGAGUUCUGGGGCUUUGUUUAGCCACAGUAAGGUCUUUUUAACAAGAAUUGUAAAGCACAGCCGCUGUGGAGCUCAUAACUCACAUUGUCUAACUUUGGAUCAGUGCCGUCUCUGUGGGUUUGUGUUAUACUAAGUUUUCUCGCUAUCUGAACUAAGAAUCAGCAAUAACAGCAAUUGUUUUGCUUUUGAUGCCUUAUUUGACUUCAUGUUCUUCAGUGGGACCUGUACUUCUCCAAGGGGACAUGUGGACAAUGCAAAAAAAAACCAGACUCCCCACCAACAACCCCUUCAACCCCCAUUAUAAUCGUAGUGAGCUGGUUGAUGAUUCGAGGCUUGAUUCUUUCUUCUCUUUAUCUGUAUACAGUAGGACAUAAUGACAAUGAUGAUCUUCCUCUGGACACCUAACCAGCAAACAGAAGCUCCACAUACAAACAACAUCUUCAUUCCAUUGAUAUAAAGUGUAAUCAAUAACCAGCUACUACUUAUCGGCGAUAGUAAAAAUACUUUGUUUUAGUUGUUAUCCAUUAUACGAAAGGAGAAGUGUAUGGUCUGAAUGAUGAGGAACACCAUGAGGAACCUUCUGCUGUGAUUGUCUAUUACAGGCCACGAAUGCUCAGUUGCCGAGCUCUUGGAAGUGGGACUAGGUCAAUUUAACAGCACACAUCAUUUCAGAAAGUCUGUUCAUUUCAAUCGAGCUUAUGUUGUACGUUUACAUUUGCACGAAGAAUACUCCGUGUUAGUUUACGUGUGGUUGUCGUGCGAUUGGAGGAUGUGAAAUGAUGGAUGGUUGUGUUAGUGGUUCAACUGCUUAAUAUUUGAUCCUAUUUAUUGAACCUGUAUCUCUUUGCCUGCCUUAAAUUAAAAGCCAAUGCUUUGGCCUUGAUGUUCACUGAUUAGCAAGCUAUAGUCAUUCAGUUUGUGAGAGAAACAUGUUUCAGUAUUUAAUCUAAUCAGAAUAUCAGGCUAUAUAAUAUAUUGUAAUAUAAUUACCUAUUUGAUGUUUUGUUAUUUGAAGGCUAAGACCUUUACUUACCUUACUACAAUAGGAAUGGCCCUGACUGUGUGUCCUAGAAUCUGGCGAUCUCAAGUUUUCCCAUGAGAGAUCUCAUUAUUUCUCCAUUUAAGCUUGAAUUAAACUAAAUGCACCAUUAUUACAGCUUCCUCAGACAAACAAUGAUUCUGUAGGACAGUGGUUCCCAACCCUAUUCCUGGAGGACACCCAACACUGAGCUGAAGAGAUGAAUCAGGGGUGAUUGAUUAGGAAGAUAUCUCAAAUGUGUGUGUUGGGGGCCUCCAGGAACAGGGUUGGGACCACUUCUGUAGGAAGUAAUGGAGUAUUUGCAAUCUAUUAUCUUUGGAAGUUGGAUGUAUUACAUGAAAUGGUUAUUAUGACUUUAUUCGCACUGUUCUAAUGUCACUAUGAAAUCAGGGAUUCAGAGUAAACUGUAUAAUGGACAUGGAGGGACGAACAACAAGGGAUCUGAACUCGUUGUUUUUUCCUUUCUAUACACCAAAUAGGUCUUUUAUUUUCUUGUGUUUGUUUAAGGCACAAUGGACGUUGAUCUUGGCUGUAUAUUUACAUAACAGUUUUCUGUUUCAGAAGUAUUGAUUGUAUUUCUGUUCUUCACUUGCUCUGUGCUUGCUUGAAUCCUGUAAACUCUCCACUACAGAUAACCUGUUAUGCAACUACAGAAGUGUGUUUCAGUACUGGUGCGGUUCCUUACAAAAAAUAUACAAACUUUUUUUUUUACAACUGAUGCCAGUAAAGUUAAUUAUUUAAC